CUUCCCUCAAAAAAAAAAAAAUCUCGGCCCCUACACCUAAAAAAAAAAUCUCGGCCCCUGAGCAGGGGAAGCACCUGCUCAUGCGCCAUUGCGCCGCACCAACGCUCGCCGGCGGCCGGCAGAUCGUGCCGAACGAUCUUGCCGAAUGCGCCGGCCUCCAUGAGGAUACACUUGUCCGUCUCCGCAUUUACGACAAACUUCCCACGGCAGAUUUUGUUGCGAUCAAGACCAAUGACCUGGUGCCGGUGUGCACCUCAGCACAUCUUGCCAAUCAGGUUGGGAUUGCUUAUCUGAACAUGCAGUUUCCCUUUGUGAGAAAUGGGGUAAAAUCAGGAGAGUUCAGAGUGAUUGCUACAUUGCCGAUGACUACAGUCAUGUUUUCCACAAGCACAAAGAUAGAGGUGAGGCAAGGUAAUGAAGUCAGUCAGAUGGGAAUCGGGGUUCAUCACCCCAUCUUCCACCCAACUGUUCAAAAUCCACCCGAGGCAGCUACAGUAGGUUUGGAAACUGUGUCUCAAUUGAUAGAUCAUAUUUCGCAGAAAUUUCUGAGUUACAGGAACUCCAAGAGGCCAACCCACGGCAAGUGCUCGGUGGUUCUUUAUGGGCCUUACCAGAACAAGGAAAUUGCGAGGGGGGUCGCUCACACUAUGAACAUGAGAUUCGAAUACACUGAUGCAUCAAAGCUGAUAAAAGAUUACCCAGAUGAUUCUGUAGCAGCCGUGGACGAGCUGUUUACAGGGAGGGGCCCAUGUGUAUUAUUCAUUGACAGAUUUGAUAAUGUCGCACCUGAAGUAGGAAGAGGUUACAGCUGCAUCACUGAUGUGAUAGCUGCCAAGCUUAAGCUCACUUUAGACGAGCCAAUGGAGAACCUUGUGUUUAUCAUUGCAGGAGCAAGGUGGAGAUCCUUCGUAGAACCUGGUAUUCAUUCACGUGUGAGUGAUGUACUAUUCUGUGGACCACAAGAAGAACAGCAGGAGUGGGACAGUGUUGGGACGUGUCUCAGGCGCUUGAUGACUCUGCCAUACAAAGGGGAGCAUAGCCGUUGGAGAACACCUAGUGUUGUUCUGUAUGGAUGGAACUCCUCUCAGAUGUGGAACGUUGCCAGCUCGUUUGCUGCGUGUCGUUCUCUCAAGCUUGUGAGAGCUGAAGCAUCACAUCUUCUCAGGCUGUACAACCGCGUUGGACAUGCCGCGGUAGCAGACCUUUUCCUGAGAGCGACGUGUGAGAGGCCAGCCUUGUUAUUCAUUGACAGUUUCGACACAGUUGGAGAUCACGCCAUGAUAAAUGAGCUCUGUGUCCACCUGGACAAUAUGGACAGGCAGGUCCAUGUGUUUGUUGCCGUUAGGUGGUGGCAACUGAUGAAUCCCCAACUCCUAGAAGCUGGCAGACUUGAUAAGCAGGUGUUCUGUGGAACAGCCACAACGAAGGUGCUAUGGGACUAUGUUGGGAACCAACUGCUUCAGCACCAGCAGUCCAGAGGACCAUAGGCUGCAGCCUGUCCAAGUACCCUUUCAGAACAGACGGGCAAUUGAUGGAUGAUGAUGGUGUGUGAAGAUUGAUUGCAUCAGAUCAGAUUUCUUGUAUCAUACUUUCAGUGCAAUACAAUCGCUGCCUUUUCUGGUUAUGUUCAAUGCCUGAAUUCGUUGUGUUUGAUCACUAGUUCUCUAUAAACUUGGAGGGUUAUCAGCCACCAAACAAUUUGGGCAUA